AGGCCCAUCCUUGGCCCCCCAACGUGGCUUGGUUCUUCCCCAGGCAAGGGGGGAGUGGCUGGGAAGGAGAGAAGAGCUGUGGGUUUUUUUUCCCUGCGUGGAGACCUGGGCUGUUUGCUCAUCCGCUGUAGUGGGAAUAGGGUUAAUCUCUUGUCCCCGAGACUCCCCGGAAUAUGGGGAGUGGGGGGUCGAGGAGGAUUUAUGGGGAGGCCAGUCUCACUCCUUUGCAGUUGUCCAGCAGGCAGAAGAUUCAACAGGCAUAGCCUCCCCCUUUCUGUGCGAAGAAAGGUUGGACCUGUUGAGUUUCUAGCUGCCAUAGGCUGAUAUGGCUCAGAGUUGCUUUCUGAGGUUGGGAAAGAAGUGGUGAACCUAGGAAGGGACUGGCAACGCGAAGACUAGCAGAGAACUGGAGAGGUGGGCACACAAUAGAAGACACUGUCUCUGUGCUGCUGCUGGAUGAGGCAGGCAGUCAGCCCCCCAGUUGCAACAGUAGUUCGACAAGCAGAAGUUCAACAAAUAUCACUUCUGGGAGGCAGUGAUGGGAAAGGGUUUGUCUGCCGGAUUCCUGUUUGAAAUGAAUUUGCUAAGAUCUAGGAGCCCUCCCAAUGGAAACCCAACCAGGAUGACACUGUUUUCCUCUGUUGUUAUUGUCACAAGUUGUCUUGAAGUCACUGAACUUAACUUCACCAACCCUUCCUUCUGAUACCAGACUGCUUGGCUUCUCCCAACCUGGUGACCUCUGGAUGUGUUGGACCAGUCAGCACGAUCAUUAGCCCUGAUGGGUUUUGUGGUCCCGUACAUUUUGAGGGCACCCAGCUGGAGAAGAAUGGCUCAGAAAGAGGCAUUUUCCAUACAGCUCCAAAAUCUUGCGAGUCUCAGGAGCUGGAUGAAUGUACAUUCCCAUGAGCCAGAAACUGCUUCUUUUGUCAGGAUUAAUAACAAGAGAAAAAAAAUCAGUCUGUCAUUUUGUACUUGUCAGGCUGGAUGUUGAAGAUGUGCUGUAGCAGAGCCUUGUAGGAAGGGCUAGCCAAAGAGUAAGCAUUUCUCCGCUUUUGUGUUGCACCUUUCAGUACACAAUUCUUUUGAUCCAAGUUCUGCUAAUCAAUUGCUAUUUAGGUGCUACAGAGUUCUUUUGUAAGAGCUGAGUUCCAGCACAAUUCUUACCUGGCCUACCCCAUUACCCCAAUCUCAUUCCUACUUCAUCUUCUUGUAAAAUAUAUCUUCCACGGCUUCUAUUUUGUUUUAAUAAUUGUCUGUAUUCUCAAGAACACCCCAAGGCAUGCUGAUACAUACCCUUAGGCUCUGUUCAAAAGGUGUAGGGUGGAGAAACAUCAGUGAUCAAAACCUAAGAUAGAAACUCAAAAGCUCAUCAUGGUCAUAAUAGGUGUGGUAGUAAUGUCUUGGUUAUUUAAUCAGUUUCUGGGCAGUGAUGCUAUAGUAACAGUGGCUUAUACGACCUUUCUGCUGCUCUCUAUUUCUGACCUCCGUUUCCUGCCUCCAAAGAAAAGUAACAGCUGAGGAAAUGAGCCACUGUUUCCAGUUCUAGAGGUGGCAGCUUAUGUUACAGACACAUCGCACACUUGUGGGAGGGAGAUAGAGCGGGAUCACCCUAACUUUAACCACACUGGCCACCUGCUCUGCACAACUUCUUUGCUGUGUACAAACAGGAAGUUUGUCAGACUUCUGGGCUGCUGUCUCUUUUCGUAAGGAAAUUGCUCAUGUUGGAACCACCAAUGUUAAUUGAAUUUGUCACAGACGAUGUUGCCGCAAUGUAAAUUUGAUGUUCUGACUGCGUAGAUAGAAAACUCUUGGGAAGGCCAAGGUGCAGUGUGGAGGAGAGGGAAGCGACAGCCCUGAAUCAAGCUCAAAUGUAGUCCCAAGGUGGAAUAAAGGGGUUCUGUGCUGUGUGAAGUUUGCUGCUGAAUGAAAGGAGGCGUUUGAAUGCCCUGGAUCGUGUUUCAACUUACAGGGAGAGAGGGGCCAGUGUAUGCGGCAUCCGGCAUCCGUUUGAUUUGAAUGCUCCUCCUUGUUUGAAAACUGGUUGUGUAGCAUUGCUAGCACACUGACUUUUGGUUCCUGUGCGUUGUUUCCCCUUCAGAACAUGGUACGUUUAUCAAGUUGAUCCCAAAGAGGCUCAAAGUUGCUGAAGAAAUUGUCCUGGCCAGUCGAUUUCAGAGGAAUACUUCCUAUCUUUAUCCUGCUCACCACUGGCUUCUCUUGCAGUGAUCUGACUGCAGAUGCCAGCACAUCCUUUUUCUGUCAGGAGUGCCAUCAAAGUGGUCUUCCUUUCCCUUAUCAUUAAACUUAAAAUGGGAUUUGAACCUAGCAUUGUAGCCGUUUAGAACAUCACUGCUUCACUGCACUUCAGAAAGACUUGUACAUUUUGUUCGAUAAAACUUACCUUCUUUCCACAACUGCUCUUGCCCAUCCAGGAACAUUGCUAAGCAUUUAAAAAAAAUCAGGGCCUAGGUCCAUAGAACCCAAAUCUGCAUAUGUUAAUUGUGUCUAUAUAAGCACAUUUAGAAAUAAAUAGAAUUUUUUAUUUAAAUUUCACAAGGGGGGAAAACAAAUGAAUCACUCAUCCAAAUUAUGUCAAAAUAAAUACAAUUAAUUGCACUCUGAUCCAGAUCGUCCCAAAGCAAUGGAAAAAACAUUGUUGUUCCCCACUCCCAUCGAAUUGCUGUGCAGCAAAAGAUUUGGCAGAGGGGUUGCAGCAUGUGAGAAGGAGAGUGUCAACGCUUCCCUUCCCGGCUGCAAAUCCCUCAUGAAAAUUGACUCCUGCAGAGCAAUUAGGAGAAGGAAAAAGUACCUUCCAUUGGCACCAAAACACACUCAGGUCUGUAUAAAAUGAAGGCAGAACUCUGAGAAACAGAUUCUCAGCAAUGUCCGUGCCCUCGUCUUAGAUUACUGAAGAAUAAUUUUCCUGUUCAGAGUCAUUUGUGCUUUGUCUCUACGGUGGCCUUCAUGAAAUGAGGAUGCCAAAAAGAUGGCAUUUCAUCUGCACAGCCAGGCUUUCCAAUGUCUGGCUUUCCUUCACCUCCCUUUCUCCAAGGGACCUCCUGUUUCUGUACUGGAGAAGGAUCACCACAUUGCCAAUUCAGUUCUGAAACACCAAGCAGGGAUAAUAAGCCUUUCCUGAUGAAAUAAUAUUUAUUGUGCUUUGCCGCUGUGGACCAAUCCACAGUUUGAUUGGAGCAGAGAAAUGGAGGCGGGCAAAAUUAGUGUACAUUUUGAGAUGAGUGAGCCACUUUCUUUCUCCUGCUUCUUCGACUUUUUGUGCCCAGUCCACAUCUUCCCCAGUACUUAGCUGUAUUUUGAGCAACGCCAGAGGAGAUAGCUGGCAAAAGGAUGUGGACUGUUUCCAGACUUUGUAGAAGAAACAGACCACUCCUGCUUGUUUAUUGUCUGUUUCUGUCUUUCUGGGAGGAUGGGGUCGGCCAGUUAGCGGCCUCGGCGCAAGUAAUCCACUGGCAAGAAUCAGUUCACAGGCAGCGAGUCACCGACUGCUGUGCGAGGCAAACCCGCAUGCGUUUGCUGCCCACUUGAAUGGUGGUAGGGUCUCACCAACGGAUGAUAGACCACCAGUGCGCCAAGCCAAAGCUCAUGAUUCAGUAGCAUCUUUCACCCCCAGAGACUAUUAGGUGCCUUUCAGGCGGGAUCUACUUCACACCUCGCAAACAUCUUGACUCUACUGUGGCAGUCAUACUUUCCUAAAUUCUCUUCCCCUGCCAAGUAAAAGACAUAACAAAACCAAACCAAAAACCUUCGUUCAGUGCAAGGCACCUGCACACCACCCAGCUCUUGUGUCAGGUGUUGGCCCGUUGCGGACUAACAGUUCAUUCCAUGUCUUUGUUCAGAGACAAAGUGGGCUAUAUUUAGGAUGGGACCCAAGGGAGGGCCUUCCUAGCAAGAUAAGAGGGCAUGGCAGAAGGAGAGGAAGGAGGCGAUGCCCGAGCUCCACCUGUCCGGCUCUGGGUGCGACGGACAGGUGUCUAUUGUGAUGAGAACCAGAAAACAUGGCUGGUGGCAUCCGAAGAGGAGACAGGUACCCUGAAAGCCCGGAUCAGAAGAGUUCGGGUCCCCCUGGGUGAGGCGGUACGCCCAAGCCGCCUCCCUGCAUCCCAGUUGCCGCACAUGUGGCAGCUUUCAGAGGGGCAGCAGUACCGAGACAGUAACUCCCGCAUCUGGGGCAUCGAACACCACUUGAUGAUCACGGGAGUGGAGGAGCUGCUCUUAAAACUCCUGCCAAGUGAUUAAAUCAGGUGAGGGGCGCCACUUCCUCCUCCACCCCCGUUUCUUCUUUGCUUUUGGUGCUCAUCCAUGCUCACUCGCAGUGAUUCUUUAAUGUGCUGGGUUUUUUUGUCUUUCAGGAGCUGUGACUA